AGCGCCCGGCCGAGGAUGGGGAUCCUCUUCACCAGGAUAUGGAGGCUCUUCAACCACCAGGCAUCCAGCCCCACCUCAGACCUUCUGUUCCAACUGAUUUCCUAACAUCCACUAUGCUGGCAGCAUCCCACCUGAAACAAAAGUUCCUAGUUAUGUGGGGUCAGAGCACAAAGUGAUCAUUGUGGGCCUGGACAAUGCAGGGAAAACGACCAUUCUGUACCAAUUCUCCAUGAACGAGGUGGUUCACACCUCUCCCACCAUCGGCAGCAACGUGGAGGAGAUCGUGGUGAACAACACACGCUUCCUGAUGUGGGACAUCGGGGGCCAGGAGUCCCUGCGCUCCUCCUGGAACACCUACUACACCAACACCGAGUUUGUGAUAGUUGUGGUGGACAGCACAGACAGAGAGAGAAUUUCUGUGACUAAAGAAGAGCUGUAUAAAAUGUUAGCACACGAGGAUUUGAAGAAAGCAGGAUUGCUGAUCUUUGCUAACAAGCAGGAUGUGAAGGAGUGCAUGACAGUAGCUGAGAUCUCCCAGUUCCUGAAGCUGACUUCAAUUAAGGAUCACCAGUGGCACAUCCAGGCCUGCUGUGCUCUCACUGGAGAGGGGCUGUGCCAAGGACUGGAGUGGAUGAUGUCCCGGCUGAAGAUCAGAUGAUUUUUAAUGACCUCUUUGCACAGACAUUGCUGCAGCAGAGCUGUUCCAGUGGCAGAUUGGUGGGGUGGAUGUAUUUAUGCUGAACUGAUGGCAACUGUAUUUUCUACAUAGCUGCACACACACACACACACACACACACACACACAGGGACAGGAACUGGGAGCAGGCACAAGAGCAAAGGAGCACUUUGGGCUCCACUUUGGUUCGGGUUCCUCAGAGGACGCGUUCAAAGCUGUGACCAACCUUCUUUUCAAGCUGCCCCUCGGAACAGUCCGGCCUUGGGCAUGGGGAGGAUGAAGCGAGAGGAAGGAGCUUUUAAUUUAGAAUUUUAUUAUCCAUUGUAGCCCUCUCUAGUGGAAGUUGUUGGCUUCGUUAUUCCAGUAAAUCAGCGAGCGAGUCACCGGCGUAGGCAUCGACUCUCCAGUAUUCCUAAGGUUACAAAUGCAAAACUCUUUUCCUGUAUGUGUACUGUACAUAUUUGUGUAUAUUUAUACCUCAAUCCUAGGUUAAUUGCAAUCUGCUCAGACCAGUGUAAAGCUGAAUCAGUAUGUUGGCAGUAGUACUAACCUGUGGCACGUCCCCGUGUCACCGGUGCCGUCCCUCUGUGUCCGUACGGCUGUAACGUCAAUCACACCUCGGCUCUCCACAACCUGAUAAACAAACUCUCUCUUCAGCCCAUUGCUUGUUUUUCCACAUGAUUUUUUGAUUAGGGAAGAGGCUGGAAUGGAUUGAGGCACACGGAUUGAGCUUCGCUUUCCAGGGUUGGCAAACAGAACAAAUUUGCCAAAGAGUUUCAAAUGAAACGGAUUUUCCUCUUUUAUUGUGGUCAUCAUUGGAUUGGGUGAUGUUGCAGGUCCUGCCCACUGCUCUCCUUCUCUGCUGUGCUGGUUGAUUCAGGUCUGGCCUUUAGGUACCUUUAGCUGUCAAAAAGGGAAAAGUAUCUUUUUAUUCUUAACCAAAGAAGAGGCACAAAAGUACGUUUGAAAGUGUCACUGGAAUCGUACAAGUCAGGCUCUAAUGAGGCGUUUUUUCAGAGGAAAAACUCUUUGCUGCAUAAAACCUGCAGAUACUAAAAUGUGCAGAUGUAUCAAUAUGCAGUGGAGGGGACUGGAAGGGGACAAAGCAGAUGACACUACUUGAAAAGCUCCAGGUGACCCACAUGGGUUCCAGGGCAGAUCUUGAAAGCAGAGCUCCCUUGCAUGGUCCCCAAGCAGUGUGAGAACACCAGGAUCACUUUUCCCUGCUGUAGCACCUGCUGGGCUGGCUGUCCCAGGCUGAAGGGGGUCAGAAUUCCCACUUUAGAGGAUCCAGGCAGUUGAGAAGGCAGUGGGAUGGUUGGAAAUGUCAGGUUCUUCUGUGGGAGAUGCAUUGGGAGUUCAGCACAAUGAAACAAAACUGUUAAAAAUGUUCUUCCCUUUCUCAGCCCCCGUGUCUGGUAAGGAUGGAAAAGGCAUUUUAAAGCUUGGUUUGAACUUUUUAAGGUGCUUCUCUUUGGUUCUGGGAUAAUCUGGUCAGCUCCUGCCUUCCUGCCCACCUGCCUUCCUGGGAGCACAGGAAUCCUGGGGAAAGGAGGGGAGGCAAUCUCAAAGUCUGUAUUUAACAAAGGCAGGUAAAGAAUUUAACUUUUUAAUCUAUUUUUGGUAUCUCCAACGCUCCCUGGUUGGGGGAUCUGCUGUCUUUGUUAAACAUUAAGGUGUACAUGCAUAUAUCUCUAGUGCAUGCACAUAGAUCUUGGUAUUUAACUGGUGUAUUGCAAAAUGUAUCAAUGUUUGAAGAAUUAACAAUUUAAUGCAAAGACUCUCUCAGUUUCUCUGACAGUAUCUACAAGCAACGAGCUCUGUGCACACUUGCAUAUGAAAUGGAAUUGUACAUUUUCUAGUCUAAAAAAAAAAAAAAA